AUGCUUAUCUAGAAUCCUACUCCAGAUUAGUUGCCAAUAAGGUUUAGAGAUCAAUACAAGUACUAAAGAGUUAUUGGCUAUGGUGCUUUCGGAAUUGUUGUCAAAGUAGAAAAAUUAUUCAGAUUAUAAGAUAACAGCCCUGCUAUUUCCACUGAGAAUAAUGGAUUUGCUGCUGUAAAGAUAAUCAAUAAGAAAGAUCUGGGAGAAAGUGGUUAUCAAAUUUUGAAAAAUGAAGCCAUUAUAUUAAAGGAAAUGAAUCAUCCCAAUAUCGUCAAGUUUUAUGAUAUUUUUGAAACUCAUGAUUUUAUAUUUAUUGAGAUGGAAAUCAUCAAAGGGGGCAGCUUGAAGCAACUUAUAGAAAAGAGAGGAUACUUCAACGAGGAAUAAGCGAGCAAAAUAAUUAAAAAUCUACUGUCAGCAGUGGAGCAUGUGCACUCUAAGAACUAUGUUCACAGGGACCUGAAGCCGGAAAAUAUAUUAAUUAAUGAUGAGAAUGAUUUUACUAGUAUAAAAUUAGCUGACUUUGGGUUAAGUGCAUCAUUCAGAAUCAAUACAGCAUACUCACUAGAUGAAAGAAUGGGUACAUUGCUUUUUAUGGCACCUGAGUAAACUAAAAAUUAUUCUUAUGGCAAAGUAUACCAUUCGAUAUUUAAUAAUAUUCUAUAGAGGAUUGAUAUGUGGGCUACUGGUAUCAUCAUGUACAUAUUAAUUAGCGGGCAUCAUCCACUUUAUGACCACGAAACAGAUGAUGAGAGAAGCUUUCUUGAAAAACUUAAAAACCCAUGA